AUGUAUUCAUUGGAUAAACAUGAAAAUAAAGUUAAUGCAUUAAGUUUAAAUUAAUCAGAAACAUAAUUAGUAUCAUGUGCAGAUAGUAAGAAUUAAAUUAUAAUUUGGGAAAGAAAAGAAUAAGAUAAGUUUGAAUUCAAACAUUUUGUUACAUAGUCAAUUUAAGAAGAAGGACUUAAGAUUAAAUUUAUUAAAGAUAAUUAAUUUAUUUGGAUAACUGGUGGUAAAUAGAUAGAUAAACUCUAUGUAUUUGAAUUAAAAGAAGGAGUCUUUUAUGAAAAUUAGGAGAAGACAAUUCAAUUAAUUAUAAAUAAUGAGAAAGUUGAUGAAUAUCGUUUUCCAAUAAUUUACAAUAAGGAGAGGAAUUUAAUUGUAGUAAGACAUAAAACCUAUAUUUAUAUCAUUAUAGAGAUUAAAAAUGGGAAGUUCAAAAUAGUUGAUUAAUUGAAUUGUGACACAAUUGAUAUUUAUGGAACUAUCACAAACAAUGGAUAAUAUUUGGUCUAUUGGGAUGAAAAAAGUCAAGCAUAUUCAACAUAUGAAUUAUUAAAUAAAUGA